UUUGGGCCCUUCUGUUUGUCUCUUACAACUGUCUUUGUUUUAGCCCUGCCUACGUAGAAUUCGAGCUCCCUUGACUAGGUUCUGAAAAUCCGGCCGCCGUUACUUUACUACAGCAAUGACAAUGGCCGCCUCCCUCCAGUACGGCGCAGUUCCUUUCUCCUCCUUUGCCCGCCGCUCUUCGUCUCCCAAUUCGUCAUUAUCCCCAUUUCCUUCUAGCUUCCACAGAAAGCAGAGUAAUUGGAAAGUAAUUACUGCCAGCGCUGCUGCUCUGCCCAAAUCGAACUCAUCAACAACAGGUUCUUUCAAAGAUUUGAUUGAAUCUUUGAUUAAUCGAGUGGAUUUAUCUGAGGAUGAGGCUGAGGUGUCACUGGAUUUUUUGCUGAAUGAAGCUAACGAAGCUUUAAUUAGUGCCUUCCUUGUGUUGUUAAGAGCCAAAGGAGAGACCUUUGAGGAAAUUGUGGGAUUGGCUAGGGCGAUGAUAAAGCAUGCUAAGAAGGUGGAGGGAUUAAAGAAUGUGGUUGACAUUGUUGGGACAGGUGGGGAUGGGGCAAAUACUGUUAACAUUUCAACAGGUGCUUCAGUACUUGCUGCAGCUUGCGGUGCAAAAGUUGCAAAGCAAGGGAAUCGAUCAAGUUCUUCUGCAUGUGGAAGUGCCGAUGUUUUGGAAGCUUUGGGGGUAGAUAUUGACUUGGACCCUGAGGGGAUAAAAAGCUGUUUGAACGAAGCAGGCAUUGGUUUCAUGAUGGCUCCGAAAUACCACCCAGCAAUGAAGAUUGUCAGCCCUGUCAGAAAGAAGCUAAAAGUAAAAACCGUGUUUAAUGUAUUGGGCCCUUUGUUGAAUCCUGCACAAGUACAUUUUGCUGUUGUAGGCGUUUACCAUGAAGACUUGGUCCUCAAAAUGGCUAAGGCACUACAAAGAUUUGGCAUGAGAAGAGCAUUGGUUGUUCACUCUGAGGGCUUGGAUGAAAUGAGUCCUCUUGGACCUGGAUUAGUCCUCGAUGUCACUCCAGGAGAAAUCAAGCAAUUCCCAUUUGAUCCGCUGGACUUUGGCAUUCCUCGUUGCACUCUAGAUGACCUGCGAGGUGGAGGUCCAGAGUACAAUGCUGAGGUUCUAAAGCGCGUACUAUCAGGAGAGACAGGCUCCAUUGCAGAUGCACUUGUUCUCAACGCAGCGGCAGCUCUCCUAGUUAGUGGCCAUGUGAAUUCUCUGUCCGAAGGAGUAGCUAUGGCUCGUGAAACGCACUUAUCAGGGAAGGCAAUUGAGACACUUAAUUCAUGGAUAAAUAUCUCCAGAAAGGUGAAAGAGGAGAUUGUUGUCAACUGUUAAGGGUGCUUGAGAUUUUCUCUGCACAUUAUACUAAAUAAAAUGGCCUUUAUGCAGACAGAUAGAGAGGAGGCCAUGAGAAAAUGAUGAUACAGGUGAUUAGCAUCUGCUGCUCUGGACUUCCCCCAUUCCUCUUUUGGUUCUACAAACUAAAGUUAUAGAAAAGUUCACCAAAAAUACAUUGCUUGAAAUUUUGGUGUCUCUCCAAUGAAGAGAACAUUUUUCAGUGAUGUAUGCUGCUAUCUUAUGAUUUUGGUACCUCAACAAUUCAAGUUUCUAUGUAACCUCAAGUAAUAAGGAUGAAAUAAAUAA